GAUCGCAUCAACAACUUGAUCCUCCACAUAUACCAGCUUCCUGUCAGCUCUUUAUUUACGGAUUCAACUACUGAAGAUAUCGAUUCUAAGGCCUGCGUUCGCUAUGUCGGUACAUCCACUGUUUCGUUUAAUUGGGCAACCUAUCCCAAAAUCAAGCUUAGCGAACGCACCUCUAGGGAUGGCCCAUCCAAGACUAAACACUCUAUAUAUCUCCUGCAGAGUACAGCCCAAUACCGCUGGAAGACGCGAAGGCAUUUCCCUCGUUGGAGCAGAGAAAGUGGGAGUGUGUGUUUCUAGUCCUGCAGAGAGAGGAAAGGCCAAUGCCGCUACAGUGCGUGUUUUUUCAGAGGUGCUGAAAUUCCCCAAGACCGAUAUCCGCGUCGAAAAGGGACUGCGAUCUCGCGACAAAAUCCUCCGUAUCAAGGAUAUCGACAUUGGAGAUGAGAGUCGAGAUGAGUUUCUGACUCGAAUUCGCGGACAGCUAGAAGGCGCUUCACAGCAAAAAUGAUGUUCUCUGGUGUCUAUGAUGCUCUUGGUUGCCUCCAUCUGGCUGCCGGGAGUCAACACAGAAAGAACCUUGCCUGACAUCACAGAGAUUUCCUCACUUUUCUCUCCCUGCAACUCCCCCCUCAUCUUUGACGCACGACCUCCUUGAAACCCCGAUCAACUACAAACCACCAGACAUCUAUAUUAAUAUCAGGAUUCGUCGUCCGAUUGCCCAGCAUAAUUGUAGAAAUGGCCUCCACGAAACGAAAAGCGACAGAGGACUCUUUCAACACCAUUAACUUCACCGCGCGCAAUCCUCCAUGGACCUAUCUCAAACUUCAACUAAUCCAUCAACCAGG